CUGGCCCCUCCCUCCCUUCCCCGAGCACCGCGAACGCGCGCACGCGCGCCGGGCCGCGUGGGAAUGGCUGUUUUCUGAUCGGGGGGUUGGGCCGCGAGGAGCGAGCGGAGAGUUAAAGAGUUUUUAAUGUCCGCCAUGUUGGCCAUGGCGUAUUGAACCAAGCAGAGAGAGAGCGGAGCGACGGAAAAAAAAGAGAACGUGAGGCAGCGAUCAAGAUCCGGGCCUUCCCGGCUCCGCUUGCAUCGCCAUAUUUUUUCCCAUCCUAUCCAGCACUAGAUUACUUGGAGAAACCCACGGACUCCUCCAUGAGAACUCAAACUGAGACAGUUUUGCAUUUUAGGGGAUCGGAUAGAUUUAUGCUGUAUCUCGAAAUCUAAAAAAUGAGUAAAUUGUCAUUUCGGGCACGGGCGCUGGACGCUUCAAAGCCAUUACCCGUCUUCCGCUGCGAGGACUUACCUGACCUGCACGAAUAUGCCUCUAUUAACCGGGCCGUGCCGCAGAUGCCGACGGGGAUGGAAAAGGAGGAGGAAUCGGAACACCAUCUCCAGCGAGCAAUUUCAGCACAGCAGGUUUAUGGUGAGAAAAGGGAUAAUAUGGUUAUUCCAGUCCCUGAGGCAGAAAGUAACAUUGCCUACUAUGAAUCUCUCUACCCUGGGGAGUUCAAGAUGCCAAAGCAGCUUAUUCACAUACAGCCUUUUAGUUUGGAUGCUGAGCUACCAGAUUAUGACUUGGAUUCAGAAGAUGAGGUGUUCGUGAAUAAGCUGAAAAAGAAGAUGGAUAUUGCACCUCUACAGUUUGAAGAGAUGAUUGACCGACUAGAGAAAGGCAGUGGCCAGCAGCUGGUGACUCUCCAGGAAGCAAAGCUGCUGCUGAAGGAGGAUGAUGACCUGAUCCGAGAAGUGUAUGAGUAUUGGAUUAGGAAAAGGAAAAGCUGCAAAGGCUCUUCACUCAUCCCAAGUGUGAAGCAGGAGAAGCGGGACGGUUCAAGUACCAAUGACCCUUAUGUAGCAUUCAGAAGACGAACGGAGAAGAUGCAAACAAGAAAGAAUCGAAAGAAUGAUGAAGCGUCUUAUGAGAAAAUGUUGAAGCUUAGGCGAGAUCUGAGCCGAGCCGUAACUAUUUUAGAAAUGAUCAAGAGAAGGGAGAAAAGUAAAAGAGAGCUGCUACACUUGACACUGGAGAUAAUAGAAAAGAGGUACAGCAUAGCUGAUUUUGGUGGAGAGAUUAUGGCGGAGGUGUUGGCACAGAGGCAACUGGUGAAACCAGCCUACACAAUGCCUGUAAUUCCACUGGCAAACAGCAAUCAGUUUAAGCACCAGGAUCACAUGGAGCUUAAAGAAUAUAAAACUAACAAGUCUGAAAAAUCUGAAACUGUGAGAACAAAAAGGAAAUAUGAAAAGAAGCCCAAAGUCUUACCGUUACCUACUGCUGCUGCUCCCCAGCAAACGAGCCCUGCUGCACUGCCAGUCUAUAAUGCAAAGGACUUGAAUCAGUAUGAUUUUCCCAGCUCAGAUGAUGAACCGUUCUCGCAGAUUCAUUCAGGUUCCUCAGAGGCUGAGGAAGAAAAUGACCCAGAUGGUCCAUUUGCUUUCCGUAGAAAAGCAGGCUGUCACUAUUACUCUUCUCGAUCGGACCAAACUGUCAAUUGGCCCUGGUGUAGUCCAGAUGAAGGAGGAGUAGGAGAUGUGCGCUACAGAUACUGCCUUACUGCCUUAACAGUACCCAGGCAUUGCAUUGGAUUUGCAAGACGACGUAUUGGAAGAGGUGGAAGGGUCUUGUUAGACAGAGCACAUACGGACUAUGACAGUUUAUUACAUCGGCUGGAUCCGGAAAUGCUUGCCUCUCAACACUCUCCAGAUGAAACAUUUGCCAGUACCUCAGAAACAAAUACCUCGGACAGAAGUAAUUCUAGAAACCUCAAUCAGAUAUUAUCAAACAUCAAAUCAUGUAGAUGGAGACAUUUUAGGCCUCGGACACUACUCCUACAAAAUGAUAACGUGGGGAACUCUGCAAAGAAACUGUACAGAGGAUUAAAUCAAAUAGCCUCAGCACAACCUGGGACCCAGGCAAGUGGUACCUCUUCCCAAAACAGAAGUGGUGCUGGCUCCGCACAGACUGCUGCAUUUACAGCUGAACAAUACCAGCAACAUCAACAGCAACUAGCACUGAUGCAGAAACAACAGCUUGCACAGAUUCAGCAGCAACAAGCAAAUAGUGUGUCUGCUGCCAACAGUACACAGGGUUUUGUGUCAAAAACGUUAGAUUCUGUUAGUGCCCAAUUUGCUGCCUCUGCUUUGGUAACGACAGAACAGCUCGUAACUUUCAAAGCAAAAGAAGACAUGGUGCUUGGAAUUGGAGUCAAUGGUAUUCUUCAUCCCUCAGGGGUGUGUAAGGGCUUACACCUCACCAAUACCACACCUGCUGCUCUUGUGCAUACUAGCCAGUCAACUGCAACAACAGGUUCCACCUUUCUUCAACCUUCUAACAAUACACAGACUUCAAGUUCCCACAGCGUACUGAGUCACCAUGGAUCUCCUGCCAACUCUACUACUCAGGUUCUGAUUGGGAACAAUAUUAGAUUAAGUGUCCCCUCCUCAGUAGCUGCUGUGAACUCUAUUGCCACAUUGAAUGCACGGCAUAUACCUAGGACUAUAAAUGCAGUCCCAUCCUCUGCCUUAAAGCUGGCUGCCACAACAUGUCAGAUGCCUAAGGUUACAGCCUCGUCUUCAAUGGAUAUAGUACCAAGGGAAAACCAUGAUAAAGAAAAACCAGCACUAAAUAGUAUAGCAGACAAUACAGUGGCCAUGGAAGUGACGUAGUGAACCUAAAGGCAUCUUCAGCUUUGGGAACUCAUUUAGGUGCUAUGCAUCAGUAGCAUUGUGAAUGCAAGGGAUGGCAGAAUGCAGCACGUUGUGUUUCCAUGGCAACUCUUGGGACUUCAUUGCAAUGCUCAUCUCUCAUGCUUUCAUUUUUUUUUUAUUUGUUACUGUUAAUACAAAUCAACACCUGUAAAUUAUGAAUAUGGCAAUUAUAUGUACAGUACUGCAUAUUUGUAAUACCCUUGUAUAUAUGUUACUUGAAUACAGAAAUGUUCAUUUGUGAUGUUUUGCACUUGGGAAAAUGAAAAACCUGCAACCAGUAAGAGUGUGAGAUGUGAGAGUUGUAUAGAGAUGAUAUGUGUCAUCACAUCAUGUGCAUGGUGCGGAACCUGCUGUUUUAUCUAUUUAUUGUGCUGUGUUUACAGUUUUUUUUGUACACUGUACCUUCAUAGGUUCCUGUGCUGUAGGUAAUGUGUUAGGUAGCUGUGGACUCCUUGAUAUUUUGUAUAUUGUGAACAUAACUAGGUACCCUUUGGGUUCCUAAGUUUUCUGUGUAUCAUGUGGAGUUAAUGGUGACAUACAUACAGAAUUG